AUGGAAGAGAUGAUCAAGGUCAAUGACACCAAAGGAAAUCAGGUGACUGAAUUUGUCCUCAUGGGCAUCACAAAACAUGUUGAGCUUCAGGGCAUGCUCUUUGCCUUGUUUUUCCUCAACUACUUGGCCAUAGCUCUGUGGAAUCUGGGCCUGAUCACCCUAACCAGUAUUGAUUCCCACCUCCAAACACCCAUGUAUUUUUUUAUUAGGCAUCUGGCAUAUGUUGAUCUUGGCUAUUCUACUGUUGUUGGUCCAAAACUGCUAGUCAGUUUUAUAGUGGAAAAAAAUAGCAUCUCCUAUAAUGGGUGUGCAGUACAGCUAGUUUUCUUUGGGAUAUUUAUUACUAGUGAAGUCUUCAUCUUGUCAGCCAUGGCCUAUGAUCGCUAUGUAGCUAUUUGUAAACCCCUCCUCUAUAUAGUCAUCAUGUCAGAUAGGGUGUGCUACACCUUAGUGGCUGUCCCCUAUAUCUAUAGCAUCAUUAUAUCCUUACUGGUCACAAUUAAGAUUUUUCAUUUGUCUUUCUGUUAUACUAAUGUAAUACCUCAUUUCUAUUGUGAAAGUCUUCCUUUAUUGUCCAUUGUAUGCUCAGACACAAGUGAGAUUGAACUAAUCAUUAUGUCUUUUUCUGCAUUUAAUUUGUUUUACUCUCUCUUGAUUAUCUUUGUCUCCUACCUGCUCAUUCUUAUGGCCAUACUUAAGAUGCACUCUACUGGGGGUAGGCACAAAGCCUUCUCUACCUGUGGCUCCCAUCUCACAAUAGUUGUUUUGUUCUAUGCAACACUUCUUUUCAUGUACUUACAGCCUCAAGCAAAUCACUUCUUUGAUACGGACAAGAUGGCCUCUGUGUUUUACACUUUGGUCAUCCCCAUGCUUAAUCCACUGAUCUAUAGCUUGAGGAACAAUGAAGUAAAAGGUGCAUUGAAAAGAGUCUUUAACAAAUUGAUAUAA